CCGUGAUCUGCGCGUGGAGACCAUGGCGUUCCUGAGCAGUAUGUGACGGGGAAAUAUAACUCAGACAGCGGGCUGUUGCCACAAUAUUUCAAGGGCUGGAUUGGAUUUAAAUCAAGCUGAAAAUGGGCUCUCGCAUCAAGGAGAGCCCUGGGUCUGCCUUUGAGGUGUACAUGGAGGUGGGGCAUUCUGGGACGGCUGGCUCUGGACCAGAGGUGCGAAGAAGUUUCCCUGACACAUACACCGACCAGGAAACGCUGAAGACUAUCCCAAAGUUUUGUUUCCCCUUCAAUGCGGAAAGUAUGACAGUUAGCCAGGUGGGGCAGAACUUCACAUUCGUUCUGACAGAUAUCGAGAGCAAACAACGCUUUGGCUUCUGCAGGCUCUCAUCUGGAGCACACAGUUGCCACUGUAUCCUCAGCUAUCUGCCCUGGUUUGAAGUGUUUUAUAAACUUCUAAAUAUACUGGCGGACUACACAACCAAAGGACAGGACAGUCAAUGGAAAGAGUUGUUAGAGUCUCUGCAUCGGUUAACCGUCCCUGAUCCUGGAGUGCCUGUACAUUUGAGUGUGCAUUUGUAUUUCACAGUGCCUGAUCCGAGAGAGUUACCCAGUAUACCUGAAAAUAGAAAUCUGACCGAGUAUUUCGUAGCCGUGGACGUGAAUAACAUGCUGCAUUUGUACGCUAGCAUGAUGUACGAGAGACGAAUCCUCAUUAGCUGUAGCAAGCUGAGCACUUUAACCGCAUGUGUUCAUGGAGCGGCGGCCAUGUUGUAUCCCAUGUUUUGGCAGCAUGUUUACAUUCCAGUGCUGCCACAGCAUUUAAUAGAUUACUGCUGCGCCCCAAUGCCGUACCUCAUCGGAGUUCAUUCCAGCCUCAUGGAGAAGGUGCGAGGUAUGGCUAUAGAUGAUGCGGUACUUCUCAACGUAGACACAAACACUCUUGAAACGCCGUUCGAUGACCUGCAAAGCCUUCCUAAUGAUGUGAUUUCAUCUUUAAAGAACCGUCUAAGGAAGGUCUCCUCAACGACAGGUGAUGGGGUGGCCAGAGCCUUUCUGAAAGCACAGGCGGCUCUGUUCGGCAGUUAUAGGAAUGCACUGCACAUAGAACCCGAGGAGCCGAUCACCUUCAGCGAGGAAGCGUUCAUCACACACCGGUCAAGCACAAUGAGACAGUUUCUGCAAAAUGCUAUUCAGCUACAGUUCUUUAAACAGUUUAUAGACGGGCGUCUGGAGCUGUUGAAUUCUGGUGAAGGGUUCAGUGAUCAGUUUGAGGAGGAAAUCAAUAUGGGAGAAUAUGCAGGAAGUGAUAAGACUUAUUACCAGUGGCUGUUUACAGUAAAGAAGGGAAGUGGGGCUAUAUUAAACACGGUGAAGACAAAGGCAAACCCUGCAAUGAAGACAGUUUACAAAUUUGCCAAAGAUCAUGCCAAGAUGGGCAUCAAAGAAGUCAAGAGUCGACUUAAACAAAAGGAACUAACAGAGAACGGCUUUUCAGAUGAGCCUGGCUCCACCCACCUACCCUCUACACAAAGCAAGGACUCUCUCACCUGGGACCAGAGACGUCCAAUCACGGUUCACUUCGGACAGAACCCUCCCCAUGAGAACCCCGAGCGAGAACCCUCCCCACAGCCCCCUCGGCCACAACGCCCCCCUCCCCCUCACCCCUCCAAACUUCAGCGCAGCAUACGUCCAACCAGACCCCCUCGACCUCUGGUGCCAAAGAGGCCACGCAGUAACAUUGGAAUUGAGGGAACACCUGAACAUUACGUGCGUCCAACCCGUCAAUAUACAGUGUUUCUGUGCGAGGACUCUUCGGGUGAUGAGCUGUCUCAAGAUGACUCCAUUGCGCCUUUUCCUGAACAGUUCAUGCUGUCUGCCCCCUUUGAAUGGCCACAGCCGUACAGGUCUCUAAAAGAGGCGGAGCUUGUGGAAGAAGGAGAAGAGGUCGGAGAGCGCUUCCAGGGUAACACGGCUCCAUCCAGCCCCGUUCUAGACAAGUUCUCUGACCUCAGCGUGUUGGAGGAUGCCUUCCGUAUCCAGCAGGGAGUGCCAAAGUGUACAGAUGCCACAAAUAACACAAAACCGAGCAUGCACGCCACUCUCAGUUCAGCACGGAGUUUGGAGGAGGUCCGAGCAGACCCACAACAUGCCAACUUCAACUACCAGCGGAUGGAUCUUAGUUCUGAGGAGCGCACAAGGACUCUCCCUGGUCUUAAAACCGCCAAUCCGUACAACAAACUCUGGAGCCAAAAGGGGGAACCCUCUGUGUUACUUGGCCGAGAGUCUCCAGCCUGGGAGAGACCUUUAUCUGUACCACCCCUGGAGACCACUGAGCCAUGUCCACCCAGCAGAGAGAGCUGUAAUUCCACCACAGACAAGGCGGAUGGGCCACGUAUCACCAUUCCUCGCCCUCAAGGUCGAAAAACGCCAGAACCGGGAGCAGUGCUGGCGCCGGCUGUGACCCUGCUGCGCGGGGGUAAACAGGCCAGUGAGAAAGACGGAGGCGUCACCGCUGGAGGGCAGGAGUUUCGGCAAGCCUUAAAUAUGUCCCCCCACUCGCAAACACAAGUGGAGGCAGACUUGUUGAAGCCAGGCGAGCCAAACGAGGGGCAGGGACUUGACUUGCUCAGCCUAUUGGACCCUCUUUGUGGAGCAACAGAGAGUGAGACGGCCCCUCCCACCUCUAAACCUCCUUUACCUCCUCGACCCCAUCCGCCCAACCUUCCCCCCUUCCCUGCUCCAGCAUCACUCAACCCCUUCACCCUACAGCCCCAAUAUCCUCCUCAAAGGCACUACAGUCCUGUUGUCCCAGGCAACCCUUUCGUCCCAGCCUACACGCCUGGUGCCACUUAUUUCCCCACUCCUCCCCGCCCCUUCUCAGUGUUCGGCCAGCCCCCUGCUGCGGGUGUGGCCCCUUCAGGGGGGGCGUGGCCUAUUGGACGUGUCCCUCCAUCCUCUAGUAGUAGUGGCUCCCUUUCAAGUCUUUUAGACUCACCUGCUCCUCCCACUCUCGCCCAGCCUGCGCAAGUCUCCAGCGACGCCCCACAUGACCCAUUCAGUGACCUUCUCACCAUGGCAACCACACCAACUGUAAUGGCCGCACCCCCCAAAAAGAAGGUGGAGGACUUGAGGAGGAGGUGGGAGACGUUUGAUUAGCUCUGCCCACUUGUUCCCUUAACUGCUGCUACCAACCAGUGAGGGACAACAAAUGGACAAGAAAUUUCAAACCAGUGGGUAUUAAAGACUGCGCCCUCUAGUGGCCUGUUGAACGUUUCUUCCCAGAGUGUGUUGUGCUUUUAUUGCGCCUAGCUCGCACACUUAGCCUUACGCGCACUGAUACUCUCAAUGUUUUCCCGUGGCAACGUCAUAAAUCAUGUUGCUUCAAGUUUAACACUGAAAAUCCCGUAGUUACCAGGACAGCACUGUAUACUCUGUAGCUAGCGGUGCAAAUUCCGUAGGGAUGAGACUUCGGAUACAAUACUACAGAUUAUGUACACUAAUGACCCACUUCUUAAUAAGCAUAGUGAAUAGACUGACUUUGUGGCUGUUAAGGUAACAAACAGUACUGUUUUAAUAAUCAUAUUUUUUCGACCUGUAUUUAAACAGAAUCACACCCCAAGUGAGGGUUAAAUUGGCUCUCAUUCCCCUGCCUUUCCCUGCCAAAUAGGUGGCAGACUACACUUCGCACACUACCUGCUAUAUGAAGAGUGCGUUCUAUUUUCUGCAUUCUACACUGCACAUAUACUACAUAGUGCAUUAUACAUAGUGAUAAUGGUAACCGCUACAUACUAAAUACUUUGCACUACCUUACACAAUACAUUAAGUCAUACUGCACAUUGUAUUACAUGCUCUAUACUUCUUUUUAAAUUAAAUGUUAGAGCGAUAGUGGCCCUGUGCAGCGCAAUACUGCCCCCUAGAGGUCUGGCGUGAGAUGUUUGAAGUCAUAAACUCUGCUUGCAUUUUAUUCAGUUACUCCUAACAUAACAAAAUCAGUACAUGACAAGAGAUUGGUGGAUUUGAGGAUUCUUCAAGUAUGUACUUUAUAAAAGCCCUCACUGGAACCGCAAGUUCUGUUUACCUGCUCGUUGGCCUGAAGUAUUAAAGUAGAGCCUCUGAAACAGGGUUCUGUUGAGUUUCUUAGUAGUUUAGAUACUGACUGUCCACUUGCUUUCCGUCGGAAAUCCUUUGUUUGUCUCUUUUUAUUCCGAACGUCACGUGAUAGAUUUAUAGCUUUCAUAAAGCGACCAAUCAGCACGCCCCCUUUUUUUUAAGCACUGCUUCAAUCCAGUGAUUUGCUACUGCCAUGCACACUGCAUUAUGGGUAUUUAUUGUAAUAGAGCUGUUUUUGUGCUUUUUAAACAUGCAUACUGCUUUGCAGUGUGUUACGAUAAACUCUAACAGCUGAUUUUCUCGCCUCUUUUUUUGCUUUUGUUCAGCGUUUAAGAGACGCAUAAGGUUGUUUCUUGACUUUUUUGCUAUACCUUCUGCUUUUUUGACUUGCAAGUAGGAGAACACUGUUUGUGCAUAUCUUGACACGGAGAAAAAAAAACAUUGAACUGUGUGUACAACCAAACGCUCAGAUCCAAAAGAAACACGAUGUAUUUGUCAAUGUCAGGGAGCAUCAGGGAGUGGUGUUUCUUUGGUUUUACUUGUUGUAUUUAAAUAUAUGAAAUAAUGUUAUUUGUGUUAUUAAAGUGUUCUUGAACAUCUGUAUUUACCCUAUAGCGCUGUUAGAAAAAUCACUUGUUUUUUACGCGAUUAGGUCACGUUCCAACUUUGGCCUUAAGUGUGUGUCUGUGUGUGUGCUGAGAGCUGUUUGUGAUGUGUGUUUCAGUUUAUGGGAAAAAAUUGGGUUAAAAUGACAUAUAAUGUAUUCGUUUUAAAAGCGUUUUAUUUGGAAUGAUAGAUCUGUACUUUCUGGGAAAUCGCACUGAACGUUCAAGGCAAAAGCGUCCGUGGAAUCGGAAGAUAAGACAGAAUGUGAUGAAUGUCAAAGUUUAGUGGUACUGCACUUGCCAAUCUUUCUGGUAUUCAUAGUUUGUUAAAGUUUUAGUGCAGUUCCCAAUGAAUCUAAAGGUUUGAGCUUGACAUGUCUUUAACAAAAUAUAAAGUAGGCAUUUAUGUUAAACUGGUCAGAAAUGCUGUUUCUUGUGCUUCUAAGAUCCAGAAAUUUAGUAGAGCUGUGUAUUUAUUGCCUUAUACAAUCUGAGACUGACCUUGAAUUUUGUCAAAUGCCGAAGACAUCUAAGGAGUCAAAUAGAGGAUGUUUUAGAUAUGACUGCUAGAAUGAGAUUUUCUAUGCCUCUCUAUGAGCUGAAUAUUGCUCUUCUGUGUUUGCUUCAAUGGGGUUGAACUGAGAGCUCCGUUCCUCUGCCUUGUAUUCUUCAGAUGUUCUCUGCGUUUCAUCGUUCAUGGUUUACAUGUUUUACUUUUUAAAGGAACAUCAAAAUGCUCUUACACCCUGAAAAGAGUGAAUGCGUUUUUUUAAAUGAUUUCAGGGACAUGGGCACUUUAGGUAAAAUGAAACGGGCAUCACACAACAGGCAAUGAUGUUAUACUCAUCUUCACCAAAAGUACAACUCUUUUAAUGAAGUUUUCUGUGAAUGUAACCUUGGGAGUUUUCCAAUGCAGCACAUACAGUAUUUAUUGUUAUAUAUGAGUUUAAGCUGUGACAUUUUAAUUCACACAGAAAUUUGAUCUGCAGAUGCUUUGAUUGUCUUAUGUUUAGUGUUAAGAACUGCAUCGGGUUCAAUGUAUUCAAUAACAUCCCACACCCGUGAAUGAGUUACUGAAUGUGGCCAUGAAUUUAAAGGCCGAAAAUGUGUCAAACUACAGUUAAAGAAUGGAGCUAAAGGAGGUUUUAUUUUAGUUUUGCGUGUUGAAACUCUCUUGAAAGCAUCAUUUGGGGUUUGUAUGUGGAGUCGCAAACAACGAUGAUGCCCAGCAGUAAACUUUGCAAAACAUUUCUGCAAUGUAUUGAUUUAUCUUGGAAUGUUUUCUGAUGUGAACGUGUAUCUUGUUUUGUUGUUUUUCUAUCAUUUUGCACUGCAUUUGAUUUGGAUGUUUAUUUGUGUAUGUCGUGAUUAAAGAGCAUACAGUAUAUUCCC